GGUGCGCAAGGACCGAUGCCGAGCUGCGGGCGGUGUCGGGGAGCUCUUGGGGCUCAAUAGGGAGAACUGAAGAUCCAGGGCGCGGGGAUCGGGAACCCUGAGGGAGAACCCCGGAGGUACAGGUGAGAGCCGAGGACGCAGGUGGGAGUUUCGGGGACGCAGGGGUAAAGACCCGGAGAAGCAGGGCAAAGAUCUAGGAGAGAGCGGGAUUCAGGAGUGUAGAGGGAGCUCGGAGGCGGACCUGGGAGCCCCCACCAGGGCUCCAGGCUGAGCUCGGAGGAGGGUCUGGGGGUGGGGGGACUAGGGGCGCAGGAGGGAUUCUGAGCAGUUGCAGGGAUCCAGGAGCCGCAGAGGAAAGAUCAGGCCAGAGGUGAGCGGAGAAACUCUAGGGCGCAGGAGAUCCGCUGAGGCCGGGGCCCCGAGGGAGCACGCACGGAAAGGUCCCGGGAAUCAGGUGCCCCCGGCCCGGGCAUGCGGCGCGGCGGGGCCGGGAGGAGCCGGAGGAGGAGCCGCCGCCGCCGCUGACCCGGCCGGGAGGAGGGAGAGAUGCGGGGCCGGGUCGCCCGCGCCCCACUCCUGCUGCUGCCUCCGCCGCAGCUGCUGCUGUUGCUGCUGCUGCUACAGCUGGGCCCCGGGAGCUUCGCCCUGGCCCCAUCGUCCUGCCGGUCCCUGGAAGUCCCGGACCUGAGCUCUCCAGCUCUCUGCACUCCCCAGCAUUGGUUCUGCCCAGCCGGGACUGAGGGCCACUGGCUACACACCAGCCGCUGCCGGGCCUGGGGGCCUGAGCUGACUGGCCGCCUGGUGCCCCUGGAUAGGUUUGGAAGCAGGAGGGCCUGGUGCCCAGAGCCUGGGGCUCAUAUUCCCCUGCCACCAGCCCCCAUAGACUGCCCCUGGAGCUGCCGCCUGCUGGGUGCCCGAGGCCACGUCUCCCCACAGGGCAAGCUUACCCUGCCCCCAGGGCAUCAGUGCAUCCAGGUACCACAGCUUCAGUGCCAGCUCUGCAGGCUGGCAUGGACCCAGGGGCACCAGAUCGAAAAGUGGAUGGCUGGGGUUCGCCCAGGAAGUCGAAGGAAACGCAAUGUGAACACAGCCCCUCAAUUCCAAUCACCCGUCUAUCAGGCCACCGUGCCUGAGAACCAGCCAGUGGGCACUCCUGUGGCAUCACUUAAGGCUGUGGACCCAGACGAAGGUGAAGCGGGACGGCUAGAGUAUACCAUGGAUGCCCUCUUUGAUAGCAGAUCCAACCAGUUCUUCUCCUUGGAUCCAGUCACUGGAGCUGUGACUACUGCUGAGGAACUGGACCGGGAAACCAAGAGUACCCAUGUCUUCAGGGUUACUGCCCAGGACCAUGGUACACCUCGGCGAAGUGCCCUGGCCACACUAACCAUCACGGUGACCGACACCAAUGACCACAACCCCGUUUUUGAGCAGUCUGAGUACAAGGAGAGUUUGAGGGAGAACCUGGAAGUGGGCUAUGAAGUACUUACAGUUCGAGCCACAGAUGGUGAUGCCCCUCCCAAUGCCAAUAUCCUGUAUCGUCUGGUGGAGGGGCCUGGUGGUACCCCCCCUGAGGUCUUUGAGAUUGAUCCCCGUUCUGGUGUGAUUCGAACCCGGGGACCUGUGGACCGGGAGGCCAUAGAAUCAUACCAGCUAACUGUGGAGGCAAGUGAUCAGGGUCGCGAUCCCGGUCCCCGGAGUGCCACAGCAGCUGUGUGUUUAUCUGUGGAGGAUGACAAUGAUAAUGCCCCCCAGUUCAGUGAGAAGCGCUAUGUGGUCCAGGUGAGGGAAGAUGUGGCCCCUGGUGCCCCUGUGCUUCGGGUCACAGCUACAGACCGUGACAAAGGCAGCAACGCUUUGGUCCACUAUAGUAUCAUGAGUGGCAAUGCCCGUGGCCAGUUUUACUUGGAUGCUCAGACAGGGGCACUGGAUGUUGUGAGCCCCCUUGACUAUGAGACAGCCAAGGAAUAUACCCUCCGGAUUCGGGCCCAAGAUGGGGGCCGCCCUCCACUCUCCAAUGUCUCAGGCCUGGUGACAGUUCAAGUCCUAGACAUCAAUGACAAUGCCCCCAUUUUUGUCAGCACCCCCUUCCAAGCUACAGUACUAGAGAGUGUCCCACUGGGGUAUCUGGUUCUCCAUGUCCAGGCCAUUGAUGCCGAUGCAGGUGACAAUGCCCGUCUGGAGUAUCGAUUGGCAGGUGUUGGACCUGACUUUCCCUUCACCAUCAAUAAUGGUACAGGUUGGAUCUCUGUGGCUGCUGAGCUGGACCGGGAGGAGGUAGACUUCUACAGCUUUGGAGUGGAGGCGAGGGACCAUGGCACACCCCCGUUGACAGCCUCUGCCAGCGUCAGUGUAACCAUCCUUGAUGUCAAUGACAAUAACCCAACUUUCACUCAGCCGGAGUAUGCAGUGCGACUGAAUGAGGAUGCAGCCGUAGGUACCAGUGUAGUGACAGUUUCAGCUGUGGACCGAGAUGCUCACAGUGUCAUUACUUACCAGAUUGCUAGUGGCAAUACUCGCAACCGAUUCUCCAUCACCAGCCAGAGUGGUGGAGGGCUGGUUUCCCUGGCAUUACCCCUCGACUACAAGUUGGAGCGGCAGUAUGUGCUGGCCGUCACAGCCUCAGAUGGCACACGUCAAGACACGGCCCAAGUUGUGGUGAAUGUCACAGAUGCCAACACCCACCGCCCAGUCUUCCAGAGCUCUCACUAUACUGUGAAUGUCAAUGAGGACAGGCCAGCAGGCACUACUGUGGUCUUGAUCAGUGCCACAGAUGAAGACACGGGCGAGAAUGCUCGCAUCACCUAUUUCAUGGAGGAUAGCAUACCCCAGUUCCGCAUCGACGGAGACACAGGAGCUGUCACCACCCAGGCUGAGCUGGACUAUGAGGACCAGGUUUCCUACACUCUGGCCAUCACUGCCCGGGACAAUGGCAUUCCCCAGAAGUCAGACACCACGUACUUGGAAAUCCUAGUCAAUGACGUCAAUGAUAACGCCCCCCAAUUCCUGCGUGAUUCCUAUCAAGGCAGCAUCUAUGAGGAUGUGCCCCCCUUCACCAGUGUCUUACAGAUUUCAGCCACAGACCGUGAUUCAGGAUUAAAUGGCAGAGUUUUCUACACCUUUCAAGGUGGGGAUGAUGGUGAUGGCGACUUCAUCGUUGAGUCCACAUCAGGCAUCGUGCGCACACUGCGGAGGUUAGACCGGGAGAAUGUGGCCCAGUAUGUCCUACGGGCAUUUGCAGUGGACAAAGGAGUCCCCCCAGCCCGGACACCAGUGGAGGUGAUGGUGACUAUACUGGAUGUGAAUGACAAUCCACCCGUUUUUGAACAAGACGAGUUUGACGUAUUUGUGGAAGAGAACAGCCCUAUCGGUUUGGCGGUGGCUCGAGUCACAGCCACAGACCCAGAUGAGGGUACCAAUGCCCAGAUCAUGUACCAGAUUGUGGAGGGAAACAUCCCUGAGGUCUUCCAGCUAGAUAUCUUUUCUGGGGAGCUGACUGCCUUGGUGGACCUGGACUAUGAGACACGGGCAGAGUAUGUCCUUGUCAUCCAAGCCACCUCAGCCCCACUGGUGAGCCGGGCCACUGUACACGUCCGCCUCCUUGACCGCAAUGACAACCCCCCUGUCCUGGGCAACUUUGAGAUCCUCUUCAACAACUAUGUCACCAACCGCUCCAGUAGCUUCCCUGGGGGAGCUAUCGGCCGGGUGCCAGCCCACGACCCCGAUGUCUCUGACACACUGAGCUAUAGCUUUGAACGUGGGAAUGAGCUCAGCUUGGUGCUGCUUAACACCUCCACGGGGGAACUGAGGCUGAGCAAGGCUCUGGACAACAACCGACCCUUGGAGGCCAUCAUGAGUGUGGCAGUGACAGACGGCGCUCACAGCGUGAGCGCCCAGUGCGUGCUGCGGGUGACCAUCAUCACGGACGAGAUGCUCACGCACAGCAUCACGCUGAGGCUGCUGGACAUGUCGCCCGAGCGUUUCUUGUCGCCGCUGCUGGGCCUCUUCAUCCGCGGCGUGGCCGCCACGCUGGCCACACCGCCAGACCACGUGGUGGUGUUCAACGUGCAGCGGGACACGGACGCGCCGGGCGCGCACAUCCUGAACGUGAGCCUGUCGGUGGGGCGGCCUCCCGGGCCUGGUGGCGGGCCGCCCUUCGUGCCCUCCGAGGACCUGCAGGAGCGCCUCUACCUGAACCGCAGCCUGCUGGCGGCCAUCUCGGCGCAGCGCGUGCUGCCCUUCGACGACAACAUCUGCCUGCGGGAGCCCUGCGAGAACUACAUGCGCUGCGUCUCCGUGCUGCGCUUCGACUCCUCGGCGCCCUUCAUCGCCUCCGCCUCGGUGCUCUUCCGGCCCAUCCACCCGGUCGGGGGCUUGCGCUGCCGCUGCCCGCCGGGCUUCACCGGGGACUACUGCGAGACCGAAGUGGAUCUCUGCUACUCUCGGCCCUGCGGCCCCCACGGGCGCUGCCGCAGCCGCGAGGGCGGCUACACCUGCCUCUGCCGGGAGGGCUUCACCGGCGAACACUGUGAGGUGAGUGCCCGCUCAGGCCGAUGUGCUCCUGGAGUCUGCAAGAAUGGGGGCACCUGUGUCAACUUGUUGGUUGGUGGUUUCAAAUGCGACUGCCCGUCAGGUGACUAUGAGAAGCCUUAUUGUCAAGUGACCACACGCAGCUUCCCAGCUCGGUCCUUCCUCACCCUCCGAGGCCUUCGGCAGCGCUUCCAUUUCACCCUGGCCCUCACGUUUGCCACAAAGGAGAGGGACGGGCUUCUUCUGUACAACGGGCGCUUCAAUGAGAAGCAUGACUUUGUGGCCCUUGAAGUGAUUCAGGAGCAGGUCCAGCUCACUUUCUCUGCAGGGGAGUCAACGACCACCGUGUCUCCAUUCAUUCCUGGAGGGGUCAGUGAUGGCCAAUGGCACACUGUCCAACUUCAGUACUACAAUAAGCCACUGCUAGGUCGCUCUGGACUCCCACAAGGCCCCUCUGAACUGAAAGUCGCCGUGGUGACAGUAGAUGACUGUGACCCUGGUGUGGCAUUGCGCUUUGGAGCUGUCCUGGGGAACUACUCCUGUGCUGCCCAGGGCACCCAGGCUGGCAGCAAGAAAUCCCUGGAUCUGACAGGUCCCCUGCUACUGGGAGGGGUUCCUGACCUGCCUGAGAGCUUUCCCAUCCGCACCCGCCACUUUGUGGGCUGUAUGCGAAACCUGCAGGUAGAUAGCCGGCGUGUGGACAUGGCUGACUUCAUCGCCAACAACGGCACUGUGCCCGGGUGCCCAGCCAAGAAGAACGUAUGUGACAGCAACACCUGCCACAAUGGGGGUACCUGUGUCAACCAGUGGGAUACGUUCAGCUGCGAGUGCCCUCUGGGCUAUGGUGGCAAGAGCUGUGCCCAGGAGAUGGCAGAUCCUCAGCGCUUCCUGGGUAGGAGCCUAAUGGCCUGGCAUGGCUUGGCACUUCCCAUCACCCAGUCCUGGCACCUCAGCCUUAUGUUCCGUACGCGCCAAGCAGAUGGCGUCCUGUUGCAGGGGAUCACCAGAGGGCACAGUACCAUCACCCUACAGAUGAGAGAGGGCCACGUGAUGCUGAGUGUGGAGGGUACCGGUGUCCAGAUGUCCUCUCUUUGGCUGGAGCCAGGCAGGGCUAACGAUGGGGAUUGGCACCAUGUGCAGCUUGUGCUUGGAGUCAGCGGAGGUGCCCGAGAGCCUGGCCAUGCUGUCCUGUCAUUUGACUAUGGGCAGCAACAGGCAGAAGGCAACCUCGGACCCCGGCUGCACGGGCUACACCUCACAAAUGUCACUGUGGGUGGUGUGGUGGGACCUGGUGGAACUGUGGCCCAGGGCUUCCGGGGCUGUAUGCAGGGCGUGCGAGUGGGUGAGACCGCAGAUGGUGCCAGCAGCCUUGACCCCAGCAGAGCAGAACGUGCCAAUGUCGAGCAGGGCUGUAGCCUCCCUGAUCCUUGUGACUCAAACCCCUGCCCCACUAACAGCUACUGCAGUGAUGACUGGGACAGCUACUCCUGCAGCUGUGAUCCUGGUUACUACGGUGAUAGCUGUGCCAACGUCUGUACCCUGAACCCCUGCGAGCACCAGUCCGUGUGUACCCGUAAGCCCAGUGCCCCUCAUGGCUACACCUGCGAGUGUCCCCACAACUACUUUGGGCCGUACUGUGAGACCAGGAUUGACCAGCCGUGCCCUCGGGGCUGGUGGGGACAUCCCAUGUGUGGCCCAUGCAAUUGUGAUGUCAGCCAAGGCUUCGAUCCCGACUGUAACAAGACAAGUGGAGAAUGCCGUUGCAAGGAGAAUCAUUACCGGCCACUGGAUAGCCCUGCCUGCCUCCUGUGUGAUUGUUACCCCACGGGUUCUCUGUCCCGGGUCUGUGAUCCAGAGGAUGGCCAGUGCCCUUGUAAGCCUGGAGUCAUUGGGCGUCAGUGUGACCGCUGUGACAACCCCUUUGCCGAGGUGACAGCCAAUGGCUGUGAAGUGAAUUAUGACAGCUGCCCAAGGGCGAUCGAAGCUGGCAUCUGGUGGCCUCGGACCCGAUUUGGGCUGCCCGCUGCAGCGCCGUGCCCCAAGGGCUCCUUCGGGACAGCAGUACGGCACUGUGAUGAACACCGAGGAUGGUUGCCCCCCGACCUCUUCAACUGUACUUCAGUCACCUUGGAGCUGAAGGGCUUUGCUGAACGGCUGCAGAGGAAUGAGUCCGGCUUGGAUGCCGGGCGCUCCCAGCGGCUGGCAGUGCUGCUCCGGAACGCCACACAGCACACGGCUGGCUACUUUGGCAGUGAUGUCAGGGUGGCCUACCAGCUGGCCACUAAGCUGCUGGCCCACGAGAGCAUCCAGCGGGGCUUCGGGCUGGCUGCCACCCAGGACGUGCACUUCACAGAGAAUCUGCUGAGGGUUGGCAGCGCCCUUCUAGACAUUGGUAACAAGCGUCACUGGGAACUGAUUCAGCAGACGGAGGGUGGCACGGCCUGGUUGCUACACCACUACGAGGCCUAUGCCAGUGCCCUUGCCCAGAACAUGCGCCACACCUACCUGAGCCCAUUUACCAUCAUCACCCCCAAUAUUGUCAUUUCUGUUGUGCGCCUGGACAAGGGGAACUUUGCUGGGGCUAAGCUGCCCCACUACGAGGCACUUCGGGGGGAGCGGCCUCCUGACCUUGAGACAACUGUCAUCCUCCCUGAAUCCGUUUUUAAGCCAGCAGAAAGUCAAGACCAUCACCCAGCAGGUGGGCCAGUGGUGCCAGGUGAGGCUCGGGAGCAAGAGGAGCUGGGGCGGAGGCAGAGGAGACACCCAGAGCUAAGCCAGGGCCAGGCAGUGGCCAGCGUGAUCAUCUAUCGCACCCUGGCUGGGCUGCUGCCCCACAACUACGACCCUGACAAGCGCAGUCUCCGGGUCCCCAAACGUCCUGUCAUCAACACACCAGUGGUGAGCAUCAGUGUCCACGAUGAUGAGGAUCAGCUGCCACGGGCCCUGGACAAGCCUGUCACGGUGCAGUUUCGGCUUCUGGAGACUGAGGAGCGCUCGAAACCCAUCUGUGUCUUCUGGAAUCACUCGAUUCUGGUGAGCGGGACAGGUGGCUGGUCAGCCCGGGGCUGUGAGGUGGUCUUCAGAAACGAGAGCCACGUCAGCUGCCAGUGUAACCACAUGACCAGCUUCGCAGUGCUCAUGGACGUGUCCCGCCGGGAGAAUGGGGAGAUUCUGCCCCUGAAGACAGUGACUUAUGCAGCCCUGGGUGUGACCCUGGCUGCCCUGCUCCUCACCUUUCUUUUCCUCACCUCCUUGCGGGCCCUGCGCUCCAACCAGCAUGGCAUCCGUAGGAACCUGGUCGCUGCCCUCGGCCUGGCCCAGCUUGUCUUCCUGCUAGGUAUCAAUCAGGCUGACCUGCCGUUUGCCUGCACUGUCAUCGCCAUCCUGCUGCACUUUCUGUACCUGUGCGCUUUCUCCUGGGCCCUGCUGGAGGCACUGCACUUGUACCGCGCCCUUACUGAGGUUCGAGACGUCAACACUGGCCCCAUGCGCUUCUACUACAUGCUGGGCUGGGGAGUGCCUGCCUUCAUCACAGGCCUGGCAGUGGGACUAGACCCUGAGGGCUAUGGGAACCCUGACUUCUGCUGGCUCUCCAUCUAUGACACUCUCAUCUGGAGCUUUGCCGGCCCUGUGGCCUUUGCGGUAUCGAUGAGUGUCUUUCUGUAUCUCCUGGCAGCCCGUGCCUCGUGUGCUGCCCAGCGCCAGGGGUUUGAGAAGAAGGGCACCGUUUCAGGUUUGCGCUCGGCCUUUGCUGUGCUGCUCCUGCUCAGUGCCACGUGGCUGCUGGCCCUGCUGUCUGUCAACAGUGACACUCUCCUCUUUCACCACCUCUUUGCUGCCUGCAACUGUGUCCAGGGCCCCUUCAUCUUCCUCUCAUAUGUAGUGCUCAGCAAGGAGGUCCGUAAGGCCCUGAAGUUUGCCUGUAGCCACAAACCCAGCCCUGACCCUGCCCUUACUACCAAAUCUACUCUAACCUCGUCCUACAACUGCCCCAGUCCCUAUGUAGAUGGACGACUCUACCAGCCCUAUGGAGACUCGGCUGGCUCCCUGCACAGUGCCAGCCGCUCAGGCAAGAGUCAGCCCAGCUACAUUCCCUUCCUGCUCAGGGAAGAAUCAAGCCUGAACACUGGCCAAGGACCAGCUGCAUUAGGGGACCCAGGAGUCCUGUUCCUGGAAGCUCCAGGCCAGCAGCACGGGCCUGACACAGAUUCAGACAGUGACCUGUCCCUCGAGGAUGACCAGAGUGGUUCCUAUGCAUCCACCCACUCAUCAGACAGUGAAGAGGAAGAGGAGGAUGGUGCUUUCCCUGGGGAGCCAGGCUGGGACAGCUUGCUGGGACCUGGUGCUGAAAGAUUACCACUGCAUAGUACCCCCAAAGCUGAUGGUGGUCCAGGGCCUGGCAAAGCCCCUUGGCCCAGUGAGCUUGUGACAGCCUCCAAGGAGGAGAAUGGAGAAGCCUUGUGUCGGGAUAGCACCCUGGGCCCCCUGCCUGGACCUGCUGUGCAGCCCCACAAAGGUAUACUCAAGAAGAAGUGUCUCCCAACCAUCAGUGAGAAAAGCAACCUCCUACGGCUGCCACCUGAGCCAGGCACCGGUUCUUCCCGGGGCUCAUCAGCCAGCGAGGGCAGCCGGGCCGGCCCCCUCCCACCUCGCCCACCUCCCCGACAGACGCUUCAGGAGCAGCUGAACGGGGUCACCCCUAUUGCCAUGAGCAUCAAGGCAGGCACAGUAGAUGAGGACUCGUCAGGCUCAGAAUUUCUCUUCUUUAACUUCCUGCAUUAACCCUGGGCCCAUGGCCCCCACGCCUAAGGCUUCCCACUCCCUCAUGGCUCCAUACUGUAUCUUGUGCUUUUUCCCCUAUUCCCCUCCCCACCCCACCCCAAUUUCCCUCUUCCUGCCCCACAGCAGUGACGAGACAUCCAUCUGAGGAGCCUUUGGGCAUUGCCAGGAGGAAUGCCCACUCCCCCAGCCUAUCUUGUGCCAAUCACCCCUGCCAUCUCCCCUUGGCCCCAACGCACUUUGGACCCCUGGGGCCACACUUCCAAGGAAACGUUUUUUCAGAAAAGAGGAAAAAAAGAGAGAAAAAAAACUGGAAGGAUCUCCGCUCUUGUGUCUUCAGGGAUGAAUUUUUUAUAUGACAAAAACUGACUCUACUCCACCCACUAGAGGAUGGGACCUCCUAGGAUUCUCCCCUGCCUCCCCCCAGUUUCCCAUCUGCUGUGCCUGGGAGAUGGGGAAGGUCCUUGGGGGGCAUGGGAAUUUCCCGCCCUCCCUUCUACCAUCACCAAAAGAAAAGGACAAAGCCACACACUUCCUGCAGGGGACACUCAGCCUUGCCAGCUGGACUCCCAGAGAAGCUCCAGUUUGGGGGAGAGAGGAUAAGAGACACACCGCAAUUGCCCCUUGAAAAGAAGUGAAGACUGCUGUCUGGUUGCAGGAGGAGUGGUAGAAGGACAAGCCUCCCUGCCCCCAAUGCUGCAUGAACAAAUGUAAAGGGGAAAGGACCCAGGAGUCCAAGACCCCCAGCUGGGGAUGGUGCCCCCUUUCCUUUUCUCUAGGCCUCUGGCAGUGCUCAAGAACCAAGGUUUUUGCUCAGUUUGCUGACCCAAAAGUGCUUUUCUUUCUGCCCAAACCAUGCUUUGGAGGGGCCGGUUUACAUUGUUUGCCUUUGCUCUGGAGGUGGCUGGGGAAGACUUGAGGCUCCAGGUGGCCGGCCCCUUCCUAGCUGGGACUAAGGCUGGCCCAGGAGAUGAGGAGGGGUCAUAGGUUUGGGGGGGAGUGCAGUGGUUGAGCUCUGACUGCAUGUCACGUACUGUCACCUGCCGUGGCCUCUGAGGUAGAUUCUGGUUUUUAAUCUCUUCUCAGAAUUGCCUCUCUUCAAAGUCCCAGGAACUAGUCUCCUCUUCCUUCCCUGUCCUCCUCUUCCUCUUCCCUCCCCCCUCCCCCAUUCCCUCUGAAGAGAGAGAUAAUAUAUAUUAUUUUUAAUUUAUUUGCCUUUUGUGUUGGGAUGGGGUUGCCCCAGAGGAUGUCGUGGAUGCCAUCUGAUGUCAUGGAUUUAGUGUUUGUGGUCUUCUGGCUUGGGGGGCCAGAGCCCCUGGUCUACUUGUUUCAGGCUCAGAUUCCCGUCUCAAGGGGAGAAGCUAGUUUCAGCCUUAUGGCGUGUCUCCCCACCCCCACCCCCCAUCUUGCCAGAUGCCAUUUACUUGAGUCAGUUUAUCCUAAGCAUGUGGACCAAAUUCUGAUGUCACCGAUUUUCCUCUUGGAGGCAGAUGGGCUAGGAAGAAAGGCUCCAGACUGGUAAACUUGACAUUUCUCAUCUGUAAGAUUAGGUUAGUUUAUGGCUCUUCCUAAGGCCUUGGAUUGCCCAUCUCUUUCCCAAUCUUCUCCUCCCCCUUACAAUUCCUGCAAAAGGUUAAAACUGUAACUGCUUCUACUACUUGAAGACUUUAAAAAAAAAAACCACAAAGAUGCUGGACUCAUAACUUGUUACUAAUUGUUGGACUGUACAGUUUGAUUGUUACUGUAAAUAUUUAUAGGUUUUUUUGUUUGGCCUUCUCCCUCUACUGAAUAAACUAGUUCUGUACAGGUUUGAGCACUGCCA